AUGGGACGAACUAGCAGAUCCGCCAUCUUCCUCCUCUCCGCAGUUGCACUCGUACUCGCCUUCGUGUGGUACAAACCUCAGACACAUUCUGCGUCUAUCACACCAUCAUCCGACAUUUCAACCAACGCACUUGAUCUCGACACCGAUAGUAUCGAAAUGAGCGCUCAAUCAGUAUCUCGCGCUGUAGUCAAGAAGGUCCUCGCUAUCGAGCAGGCAGAGGGCGCUGGCGCACGCGUACGCAGAUCCAUCGGCUCGAUGGCACUCAGGAAUCAAACCCCAUUCCUCAUGCUCGACCACUUCCACAUCACUCCUGGAGCGGGCUUCCCCGAUCAUCCGCAUCGCGGACAGGCGACUGUGACAUACAUGCUCGAUGGUUCUUUCAAGCAUGAAGACUCCGCUGGGCAUGCAGGGCAGAUCGACGCAGGGGGUGUGCAGUGGAUGUGCGCGGGCCGCGGUAUCAUCCACGCAGAGAUGCCGGUGCAUGGACCGGGAAAGCCCAACCCUGUAGGGCUCCAACUCUGGAUCGACUUGCCGAAGAAGUUCAAGAUGGUCGAGCCCACGUAUCAAGAGCUGGAGCCGAAGAACAUCCCAGUCGCACAACCAGACGGCCCUGACGGCGUCCAGAUCCGCGUCAUUUCUGGCAAGAGCCACGGCGUCGAAUCGCCCGUUCGCCCUCUUGGCGGCUGCUGGUACUUCCAUAUCGUAUUCCCCAAGGCGGGCUCCGUAUUCCAAGCACUUCCUGCCGACUGGACAUCUUUCAUCUACACAUUGAAGGGCAAGGCGAAGAUUGGAACAGACGAGACGGUCCACGAAGCAUACAACACGCUCAUCCUCUCCACAAACAAUGAGCAAAACGGCGUUGCCAUCACCGCGACUGAAGACAACACUGAGCUCGUCCUGAUUGCUGCAGAGCCUCUUGACCAAGAGGUCGUGCAAUACGGUCCCUUCGUCAUGACGAGCAAAGAGGACAUCCAAAAGACCUUCUUGGACUACCGCAUGGCUAUCAAUGGUUUCGAAAAGGCACACAGCUGGAAGAGCAAGAUCGGAGGGCUCUGA